ACAAAAUUAACAAAAUGGCAAAAACCAGCUCGAGAUAAGAUUUAAAGCCCACAACACGGAAACAACGAAGGCACGUAACCUGCCAGAAAUUGAAUUCCAAUUAGGGAUUUUGGGUUCGCCCUAAAUUUUCAAAAUAUCAAAUCCCUAAUAAUCGAACCAUGCCAUCUCACCACGCCGCCGUACAUGUUGCCAAGACGGUGCUUGAAGUUGCCGACGUUGCUUGGACCGCCGUUGAAUGCCACCACCAUCACCAUCAUCGUCACCGAAAUCCCCCCGUCACUACCGACGAUAACGAUAAUUGCCACUCCGACCACGACUUGGAGUCUCUUCAAUCGGAGAAUCGACGCCUCAGGAAUUUGCUCGACCAGAAUCUUAAGCUUCUUCAUAACCUCUCUGAAUCACCCUCCUUCCUCAACAAUUGCCCUCCCGAUCUACACAUGCGAUUAGCUGCUACAGUGAGGUCUGAUGAGUACUUAACUCGGCUCAAGAUUCUACAACAGGAAACCGCUUGUGGAGGAAAUCAAUUUCCUUUUAAGGAGGCCACUGAGGUUGAUUAUCAAUCUGCGGAUAUUUUAAUCAAUGUAGACUCUCAAGAACCCAGUUGGUGGGUUUGGGUAACAGAUGAGAGGGAUCCUAUUAAUUUUGAGGAAUGUAGUGGGAUUGAUGAUGAGAGUUACUUGGUCAUCAGUGAGGAACACGUGGUUGAUGGAGUUGCCAACUUUAUGGCAAGAUGCAUUAUGUCAAACCCAAAAUGCCUGAAGUUGUCACCAGAGGAACUACAGCAAAAUCUAUCUAAAGCAUUGUCUGGUACAAGCAAACUGGAAAAGAUUUUAGAUAUUUGGAAUGCUGGAAAGUUGUUUUAUGCUCUAUCUACUUGGGGACUUGCUUUGGCAGGGCUGUACCAAAGCCGUUCAUUGAUAAAAGUUGCGGCAAAGGGGGUUCAUUCGGGCAGUAAACUCGCUCUGAAGAUGCUCUAAAGAGGGCUGUUCCAUGAACAUGCAAAUGUAUAAUGCAUGCUAAUGCAUGGAGAUUAUAUAGUGCCUUGUGUGAGGAAACCAAUUUGUUAAUUAAUUCCUACAAGAUCUAGCUUUUGUAAAUAAUUUGUAAAUAAAAUUGUUCUUUGCUAUUUCUUGCUACAAAUCUUGCAUCCAACAAUGUUGCUGCCUCGUCAAUAAAUUGUAUUCAAUAUUUAAUUAUUGUACCAUUAAUGGUCGUGUUUUCUUACACUCUCCUUUAGGGGUGGACAACA